AUGAAAUCUAUCAACUUUUCAGUUCUUGCUACGGCUUUUGCCUUGUCCAGCAGUGUCUAUGCCGCUCCACCUAUGCAGCAGAAAAAUCUCCCACCUGGUCCAGAUACAACUGCUACUAUUUCCAAUGAAAAAAACACUGAAAGUAGAGAUCUGUUUGUCUCUGAAUUGGUGGAACUAGCUGGAGUGGAACUGCAGAGUACUGGAAAGCUUGUCAUUGAUGACAAGAGAUACGAUCCCACUCUCAUGCAAAAAUAUUUUGUUUCUGGUGCCGAGAUCUAUCAUAAAGAGGACUACUGGGGACGAGAUGCACUUGUUGCAGUGUUGCUUGAACAUAUUCCUGAAGCACCAGGCAUGAAGGGACAGCCUGUAACCCCUACCACUCCCGAUCAACCUGGACUGCUUGGUGGACUUUUUUCAGCAAUGUGGUCUGGAGAGACUCCAUCAGAUGCUCCAAAAUCUCUUGAGCAGAAAAUUGCCGAUUAUUAUGGAUUAACCCAAUCGUUUUCUGGCGAGUAUCUUUUGUGGAUUGGAGAGGUAUUCGAGUAUCUCAGCAAGUUGGAGAUCCAAACCAACAAUGAGUCAGUGAUCAAGCUGGUCAAGGAUUUCAAGUUAUGUGCCCAUCAGCUUGCUAGUGCCUUUGAGGAUGAGCAGGAAGCUAUGCAACAUGCAACCAGUGCACCCCAAGAUGGUUCACAAUUCGAGCUGGUCAAAUCAAUCAAGGACAUAAUGGCCAAACAUCAAGAGUCUGUCCAAGAGAUAUUGAAGAAUUUCACAAAGCAGAUGAAUGAUUAUCUGCGUGCCUAUUCGUAUAGUACAAUCAAAUUCAAGCCUAUACUUGGUGACUGGAUCGAUUUCCACAAUGAAAUGGACGUCAUGGCAGAUACAUUGCUCGAAUAA